AUGCGGCAGCUUUCAAACGAUCCCGUCGACGACUGGCUUGUAGAAGCCUUUGGCCGACUCGAUAUCCAAGCUAAAUUGUUAUUCAAGAGCACAACGGACAACCAGCCUCAUACGAAUAAUUGGGCCGACAACGAGAAGUCUCUUACGCUGAAAUCGUUACAUGAAGCGAGACAGCAGCUGGAUUCUCUCAUAUCAGAAUCGUAUCGGCUACAGCGCUGGGCGCGUAAUGCCGACUCCUCAGCCAACGUCAGCCUAUUAUUCCAGGCCCUUUCUGCCCAACAACGACUGCAAAGAGCUCUUACGUCUUGGCUGCAGGCUUACCGAACAUGGCGGACGACGCCGCCACGGCCUUCACUGCAGUCACUGCACUCACCUCAGGAGCAGGUCGCUCAGCGCUUACUUCUAGUCUAUCAUACGAUGGCGAGCAUUAUCACGGCUACGGCUCUAUAUCCAGGAGAUGAAACGGUUUUCGACCACUAUGAUCUGCAAUUUGCUUCAAUCAUCGCCUCUUCGAAAGAAAUUGUCCAGAUAUACAAUCCUGCGACUCCAAGGGACCCAAGAUCACAUGCUCACUGUACUCAGCAUUUCACCUUCACCAGCGAUCUCGGGCUUAUUCCAGUUUUAUACUACACAGCCCUGAAAUGCCGCGAUCCACAGAUGAGGCGGGACGCUGUAUCGAUGCUUGCGACGAAGACCCGUCAAGAAGGCAUCUGGGAGGGGCCAAUAGUAGCCCUGAUUGCCGCUGAAGUUAUUCGACUCGAGGAGACUCCAUAUUCUGAGCAAGGCGAAACCUAG